CAGAGCCUGGUGUGAAAUGCGUUGCUCGCAGGACUUCAAAGCCUUGCAUUGCUAACGAGGCAGGGGUAGAUUUGCAUACGACUUUAAUCAGCUGAAUACUGAUUAUGCUUCAUUAUAGACUUGGAGGGAGGAGUGGGGGUGUUGAAGGAGGCCGCCAGCUGCACUUGUCGUUUGUUUCAUUCCAGCAAGAGAGGGAGAAGGAGAACUUUUUCAGAAGUACAGGCAAUCUUGGAGAGAGAGAGGGGAGUGCAAAGACGGCAGAGUAGAAGGAAAAAAAGGGGCAGAGCCAUAAGAAAAGAAAAGUGGGAGGCAAGGAGAGCUGUUUGCCUAAACCCUGUUGGCUUUCCCAACGUGCGUAUCCCAGUGUUGUUCAGCAGACCGUGUGGUGGACACCGCCACCGUGUCUGCGUGCGCCUGUGGUUGCAUUGAAACAGCGCUCGCUGCUGACAAGUGGAGAGUGAAAACAGGGAGGGGUGAGAGGAAGAAGCCAGUGCUGGACAUCCUGACCCRCCAAGGCAGUUUUACUUGACAGGUUUAGCAGCCAUGCUAGAAAAUGCAGGUGGAGCGAGAGCGGAUGCUAAAGUGAAGUCAGAAACUAAAUGUGAAAUGGAAAGUGGUGAAGGGAACACCGGAAUCCAAACCAAUGGAUUGGACUUUCAGAGGCAGGCGGUGCCCACCACAAUUGCUAAUGCCCUUCCCCACUCCUUCCUCCAACAGUUGACGCUGAACCCAGCACAGCAGCAGCUGUUGAUUCAGCAGGCCCAAGCCCAGCUCCUGGCUGCUGCCAUGCAGCACUCAGCCAGCCAACAGAACAGCACCACUGGGGCCAACAUCUCAGCCUCCGCAGCCACACCGAUUACCCAGCUGCCCCUGUCACAGCCCAUCCAGAUUGCGCCCCAACUACAACCACAAGGUUUAAGCCUGCCUCAGUUUGUCCUGGUUCAGCCGGGCCACCCGAUMGCUACGCCACUGCAGCCCGCCCAGUUCAUCAUCUCACAACCACCGCCGGCCCAACAAGGCAUUUUGCAAGCCCAGAGUCUUCUUGCUCAACUACCUCAAAGCCAAGCUAACCUUCAUCCAACUCAGCCAAGCAUCACCCUCGCAACCCAGCCUGCGUCUCCUUCCCGCACCACAGCAGCCACAAAUAUUCAGACCCUACCCCACAGUCAGACCCCACCCAAACGCUUGGACACCCCCACUCUGGAGGAGCCCAGUGAUCUGGAGGAGCUGGAGCAGUUUGCCAAGACAUUCAAACAGCGACGGAUCAAACUGGGCUUCACUCAGGGGGACGUGGGUCUGGCCAUGGGGAAGCUGUAUGGAAAUGACUUCAGCCAAACUACCAUCUCUCGCUUUGAGGCCUUGAAUCUGAGCUUUAAGAAUAUGUGCAAACUUAAGCCUUUGCUGGAGAAGUGGCUUAAUGAUGCAGUUUGUGCAGAGAACCUGACGUCUGACCAGGCCUUGUCCAGCCCCAGUGCCCUGGGCUCUCCCAGCAUGGGCAUAGAGGGGAUCAACCGCAGGCGGAAGAAAAGGACCAGCAUCGAGACCAACAUUCGAGUGGCCUUAGAAAAGAGCUUUCUGGAGCAGAACCAAAAACCUACCUCUGAAGAGAUCACGAUGAUCGCUGACCAGCUCAACAUGGAGAAGGAGGUGAUUCGGGUCUGGUUCUGCAAUCGUCGACAGAAAGAGAAGAGGAUCAAUCCACCCAGCAGUGGCAACAGUGGAGGAGGCAACACCCCCAUAAAAACCAUCUUUACCCCCAGUAGCCCUUUGGUGGCGAGCACAGCAAGCCUUGUUAGCAGUCCAUCUAUUAACACAUCCACCACACUGACUGUAAACCCAGUGAUGCCUCUCACCAGCACCAGCGUCUCCAGUGUGACGUUCACAGGCACAGCAGUUGGCGGCACAAACACUGCUUCUGUCAUUUCCACUGCACCCGUCAAUGCCACAUCCACCAGCUCUCCAUCUGUAAGUCCGUCUACGACGACCUUUCAGUCCACAUCCACGGACAGCAAAGCUGGCCUGCAUGCCAUUGUCACGCAAACGCCGACGUCUGUAGCUACGACUUUAGGGGCGGGCCAGGUGAUGGUGGCAGCUCCGAGCCUUUCUGCAGCGCUGCAGGGGGCUGCCCAGUUGUCCACCAGUUCCAGCUUUGCAGCCAUGGCUGCUGCCGCUGCUGGGCUCAACUCCAGCUUGAUGACGUCACCCCAGUUCGCUCCAGGGGGGGCCCUUCUCAGCCUGACUCCCGGGGGGCUCAGCAGUGCUCUCAGUCCUGCUCUCAUGAGUAACAACACCCUGGCUACCAUACAAGCACUGGCAUCAGGCGGCACAAUCUCCCUCCCGUCUCUGGAYGCUGGUAACCUGCUGUUCGCCAACACCUCUGCUGCUAACACGCCCAACCUGGUAACCACGCCGCUCUUCCUGAACCCCCAGAAUCUGUCGCUGCUCACCAGCAACCCCGUCAGCCUGGUGUCGACCGGGACGGGCGGGCUYCAUGUCACCACCGACGCCCACCAUCAAGCCGCCUCUGCUGCCGUUCCUGUGCAGACUUCGACCAUCACCACUGCCUCCAAGGCUCAGUGAAGCCUCUCAGGCUGUGGCCUGAGCUGACUCUGCGUUGAACACUACUCCUGUCACACUAUGURGGGGGUCGAGGUGAUGGUCUGACACAGGCUCUGUGCUUCGCUGCCCACCCCACACUCUUUUACAUUGUAUCAGACAUAAUUAAAUCUUUGUGCUGCCACCAAAAAGAAAACAACCUCCAAUAUAAUUGGGUUUAGUUUAAUACUUUUUUUUAAACGUUUGAACCGUUUUUCACAAACACUGUUGGCCUGCUGCAAGGAAGACAAACAGCACCAUCAAGCUGUUCAUGAUGUUGUACAUAUAUAUCUUCCUGAUUGCAGGUCAGAAUUUUCUCUGAAAUACUUCUAACUAAAACCAAAAACUUUUCUCAUUUAACAUUCAAACUAAACUGUUUUUACUCAUUUCACAACGCUCAUCGGCUCUAACAGGAGUUUGCUCAUCACUAUGUUUUUUUUUAUUUUAUUUUGACAGGCCUUGAUGUAAAUCAUAUCAGUUAUACUUUAGAAAYUUUUUUUAAUCUUUACUGUUUAUUGUUUUUAUAUAUAUUUUAAGAACUUUUUARUACUAAUAUUAAGUUAAUUUUAACUAUCACUUUUUAAUCGUGGUUAUAAGGCUUUAAAAAUAAGUAAUAAGUGGCCGAUAUAUAAAGGUUAUCAUUGCUUUAAGGGUCAGAAGGAGCAUGUGUCUCUCUCUGAGUCUCUUCUCUGGAAACACUGACUUUUCCAUUUUUGCUGUGGUGAAGACGCCACCAAGCUUUUGUAAAAUGAUGGUCUGAGUGUGGAGUAUCGACACUGACAGAAAAUGACUUAAAAGGUUACAUUUAGAGCUUUAGACUGAGCUGCAGACACGCUGGUCUGCCUCUGAACGAACAACAUAUGGUGUUGAAAAUCAGAAGCAGGAAGUUGACGCUGGUGUGCGUCCUCAGCUGUGUGGUCCACCAUAAUCUGCAGUGUGUUUAGUUUUUGACCCUGUUGUACGGUGGCGUUGGCUUGAUAGGGGGAUAUUUAGUUAUGUUUUUCUUUUUAAUAGUAGUACUGUCGUAUCUACUUGUGCACAGUAUCUGUACCAAAAAAACUGGAUCGAUGAGCUGCAGUCUGCCUGUUUUGGGACGAAUGAAUACCUACUUUAAGAUAUACCAAAAAUAUUUGUUAAAAUCGUUCCUGUGUGUAGUCGGUGUAGCUUAGUCUAGUCAAUAUAUUUAUGAGUACAAACUUUCUCUCUUUGUUGUCAACAGAAUAUAGAAAUGCAAUAUUUUAAUGAUCAUUUUCCAAAGAUUACAUUUUUUCAUUUGAUUAAAUGUCUCAUCUCAAUUUUUAAUUGGCAGCACAACUGACCAAAAAUGAGGGAGAUUGGUGGGUUGGGUUGUAAAAUUAUUUAACUUUAUUUUUAUUUUUCCACCUGGGCUUCACCCUGAAUGCUUAAUCUGGUUCUCUGUGAGCUAUUUGAUGGCUUUGUUUUCCCUCUAAUCCRUCAUGGUAGCAUUUCUAAACCAUAGUGGAGCGGUUAAUUUGUUGGUUUUGUGCCACUAUUCAGCCAUAAAACAACAGCUUGAACCAAAGUGGUUUUCCUCAGUAGUUGCUGUGCCUGUCGGAGCACACRAGUUGCUGUUCACACAAUUUCCACUCUCCAUCUCGGUCGAUACCAGAUUUUCCCGAUGUGGUGCUGCCGGAUCACAAAAACUUAGCUUAACAACUUGCUGCUGGAGCUCCUGAUGGAGCCGAGCUGUCGAGAGGCCUGCAUGCUUCCUUUAUAGCUUUACGACUACACCCUGUGAGAAUCAGGGUUUGUAGUCCCGACCCUCCCUGCCGGAGGGCUCACCUUUGUAAAUUCAUCCACUAACGAACUGAUCCACCUGUGGUCCAGUUUAAAACCUGCCAAACUGUCUUUCCCGACGCAGCUGUCUGGGAUUAGACGCUUUUAUUCGAACCCCACAAAAACGUAGCAUCGUCAUGAAUCUAAACAACUGCAGUGAUUAUUUUGUGGAUGUGCGCAGUGAAAUGUCCACAUUAUCCUUAUUUUAUUUCUUAUUUUUGACUGAAUAUACCUCAGCAGCAUUUCAACAUAGGACUCACCUUUAGACAUUUCUGUGUAGACCAUUGUAGAAUGUACUGUGUGGCUCGCCAUUCAUAGGAACGGUACAUAAAGAAAAAAAAAGACAACCUACUACUGCUAUUUUCUAGUACUACUAUUUACGGGGUAUUUCCUGGUUUAUAUAUAGUUUUGUUUUUUAUUUUAUUUUUUAUCUUUCUUGCCAAAGUAAAAGCCUUUCUCCUUGCAGCUUGGUGGAUGUCUGUUUGGCUGCUCGUGCUGCUGGUUUCUUCGUGUUCGGGGGCCUCCAGAGGCUCCCCAGGACGCUCRGUCCCGAUCCAGUGCGCUCUGUUAGCUCGCUAGCACGACAAAGCAGUUGGCAUCAUAGGAUGUUACUGAAAUAUUUAUCUGAGGAAAGACUUAAGAAUUAGAGAAAUGAUCUUUUCUUAAUUCUAUUCAUAUACAUAUAUAUAAAUAAAUAUAUAUAAACACUUGUAAGAUAUUCAUAUUUUAUAUUUGAACUAGUAUGUUAUCAAGACUGAAUGUAGUGUUUAUCAUGCUAACUCGAAAAUAUUUCCCCUCAAUCUUUUUUUUUCUUUGUUAUAUUUUUGAUGCUGACCAAAAAACAGAAGAGGAGCUGAUCGACUCGGUUGAAGUUUCAGCGAGCUGUUUUUUAACGCGGCGGGUUUGUCUCUGAAUAACUGAUCUUAUGACUUUAAUAUUAUUAUUAUUAUUUUCUUUAUGGAUUUAAUUAUUGUGGUUUGAAUUUGCUGUGCUGUUGUUAACAAUCAUUUUUUUUAAAAACUUUAUGCCUUUUUGAUUGUUUUGUAUAGUGUGAAAGGGCGAGAUCACUGGCUUUUCUUAGUUUGACGGAAAAGAUUAACCUUAUCGUUUAUGCCUUAUUGUUACGUAGAAGACGUGAGCAUUGUAGCAUUAUGUUUCUGUUGGUGUGCGAGCUCAGCCGACGCGUUGAUUUUCACUGAAGCAGCACGGUGGACUUGGGGCAUUUUAGGACGUAGUCGUGGUUACGUUGCCACCUGUUUUCUAAGGUUUAAACAGGUUGGGGAUACCUGAGAGGAAAGCUUUACUAAUAAUUCUGGCAACUGGGUCUGUUUGUGUGUAUUUGUCUCAUAAAGAGAAAAGUGAGUCUUUUUAUGGUGCAUUUUCCCCAUCUUCCAGCACACAUUAUUUUUUUCUCUUAAGAAAAUUAGACAGUUUGAGUACUUGUUUUCUGGGUUCCUCUACUGAUUUACCAAAGUUUUUUUAGCUAGCUGUUUCCAAGCCAGCUCUGGAUUUGUUUUUAUAAAUCUAUAGUUUGUGGUCAGGUUUUAUGGUUGUGAGCUGAUUUCCUGGCAUUUAGUGCUUCACUGUCUGUAGGUGAUCAUCAGAUAAUUAUUAUUUUAUUUUUUUGUAGGUGUUCUCGUGGAGCAACCAGAUGAAUUUUCAGAGUACAUCAGCCCACCUCACUGGUUGUCUCGUCUGUAAUGUUGAGAAAGGACAUGUGGAGCGCCACUAAAGCAAAAGAAACUGUUAUAUACCUCAUUUCUAGCUCAAAACUGAGUGAAACCUGCUUUAAUAUACUUAAGAAAUAAGGAACGUGUUUAUAAAAAAAAUAAAAACAAUAUUCAAACUUGUCUAUGGAGAGGCCUGCUCAUACCUGUACUUUGUGGGUUCUGCCACAAGGUGGCAGCAGAUCACACCAGUGCUCACAAACAUCUGCUCUUUCUUUGUAUUUUUGCUGCAAACUGAUGUCUUUUAGCAUCAAGCAAAAUGUUUUUUUUUUUAAAUAAAUUAUGCUUUUCCUGCCACAUAACUUAUUUUUCUGACCCUCCCAACCUUUUGUGUUUGAACGCUUGUUUUAAGUUUGACAAUCCUGUUUUAGUUAAAUCCCAGCCGGACCCGGUACAGGUAUGUGUGCACGUCUUCCCCUGCAUGACUUGUGCGCCGUCGURGGCCGCCCGCUCUCGGCCUCUCGUGGUACCAACGUUAACCAAAGACUUUUAACUUGAUUGUAUUGGAAACAACACCAACCAUCUCGCCCGUCCUCACCUCACUGCUCAGCAUCAAACCCGGGCUGCACACGUCCCUUCGGUUCGUCUAUAGUCUGGAUUUGUGGUCCGUGUUGAAUGUUCGUCCUGUCAGGUGCAGCGGUUUCAGUGCCUGUGGGUGGGGAUGGGAGGGUCGGGACCAGAGCGGGCCUCUGAAGGGCACGAACCAAGGUGGCGAUGAGCUGGUGAUGUUUGUUAAUACACACUGAGGGUUGAUCCUGUGCACACUGUACCUGCUCAGGACUUUGUAUGUGUUUAGUCUUGAGCUCUGUUAGGAUUCCCCCUCUCCUCCUCCUCACACUUCUUUCUUUUGAGGCUGUAGUGAAGCUUUUUCUUCUUUAUCAUGCRUACACUGUAGUUCAAGGACACCUCUCCUCCUCCAUAGUCUCUUCUCUACAGACUCUGAUCAGCUGUGACACUAUGCACCAUGGUCCUUCACUCUGCAUGGACUGUGUCCCUCGGGCUCAGACCGACGGGCUUCAGUGACACUUUGUUUAAUGCUUUACUCCAGGUGAGGUCUCAGGACCCCACAAGCACUAAUCCCAAAGCAAGAACCCAAAUAUUUAAACUUUUGACAAAUGCAGAUACCAAAGAUAUCUCUGUCCUGUGUGUCUCUGUCUGUUUUCUCUCCUCUCUGCCCUACAGCAUGUGUAUUAAGAGACAAACCCAGCACUGGCUUUAGUCCUAGCCUCAGUAAUUCCAAAGCUUAGAUGUAUAUUUUGGUAUAUUUCUGAGAAGAAAAAAAAAAAGAAACAUUUUAAAAAAGCAUUUUUUUCCCCUCUGGUUUGUUGUAACCUUUUUCUUCUGUCACAGCAUGGAACUAACUGCAGAGCUGUCUUACUCUUGGUAGGUUAAAGAUUAGUAUUUUUGUAUGUUUUUGGGUGUGUAAUGUGUGCAAAUAUCAGUUCAGUCCAAGUGAUCAUUGCUUUCAAUAUAAAAAAGAAAAAUGGAUUAAAAAACAGAAUGCCAACCAUGUACAUAUUAUGUCAGUGUAUCAAGAAAUGCUUUUCUGUGCAAACAUUUCACUUUGGAAACUUGGGCUUAUCUAAAGGAAUGUGUUUUAUUUCCCUUCUUUUCUUACUCUGCAGUCUAAUAUAAACGCUCUCCAGGACUCGAAUGUAAAGAGUUUUGGUUUUCACCGUGAGUUACAACACUGCUCUGGUCUGAUUACAAACAAAAACAAAACAAAAUAAAAAAAUUAAAAAAAAAACAUAAAAAUCCAUAAAAACAAAAGCCUCCAGUCAUGGCGGUGUAGUGAUGAAAGAUUGUGUAGGAGUUUUAAGUAUGUGAAUCAGGAUACAUAGUAGAUUUUGAUGCAUUUGUCUGCUGUAUUUUUUGUUUUUAUACACAUACAAAGAUAAUCUUUUACUGUAAAUGUACAGUUCUUUUUGUUGUAAACUUCAUUAAACCAUUUUCCAAAUGUU